AUGGAUCAAUCACUGCCCUUCCAGACAAAGCGCCAUCAUAAAGGCCGUGGCAUGUUCUCCACCAAAACAAUUGCUCCAGGUGAUAUCAUCCUCCCAUUCACACCCACGAUUAUCAUACCCUCGCUCUCUCACAUAAACGCCAUUUGCAGUCAUUGCUUCAAGCCAGCAGAAGUACGCGCCUGCUCCCGUUGCCACGCUGUAUCCUACUGCGAUGCUGCAUGCCAAUCCGCAAACUGGACCGCUGUCCACUCCAAGGAAUGCAAGGUCCUACGCAAGGUCACGGAACAGGGGCGCCCAGGACUGCCAACGCCCGUACGCGCAGUGAUCCAGGCACUUGUGAAGCCUGAGAUUGGUGCCGCAUUAGAGGACCUGGAGGGAAACGUUGUGUCUUGGAGGAAUAGUGAGAAAUGGGCGGAUAUGGAGAUGAUGGCUAUGGGUGCGAGUUCAUUUGCAGGACUGGGGACGGGUCAAGCGGAGAUUCAGAAGGCGCUGACUCUGCUAUGCAAAAUUCAGACAAAUGCUUUUCAUAGAUAUGAUGCCGAUUUGGGCCAGGUUGGCAUCUUUCUUGGGCCAAAGCUCGCCAUGGCCAACCAUUCCUGCAUCCCCAAUGCCAUGGUACAGUUUGUUGGCAGAAAGGCUAUACUGAGAGCAGAGAAGCCGAUCAAAGUUGACCAAGAGAUCGAAAUCUCUUACACAGAUUACACAUUCCCUCUGUCAAAGCGAACACAAGCACUUGCACCGUAUUUCUUUGAUUGCCUGUGUUUGAGGUGCGAGAAAGACCUCAAUGUCUAUCAAGUAUGCGCUGUAUCCCCAGUUAUCGACAUGAACCGCCACAGUCUUGUCGUUGAUGUUGGUAAGCUCGGUCGACACGCAGCGGCAAAAGAUUCGAGCAAGGCCUCGGCGGCGGCGAGGAGGUACAGCGAGGAACUGUCUGACCUCUUAGAUGAGAAAGACUUAUCUCCAUCACUAGAGACCCGGCGAGCAGCUCUAUGGGCACGUUACCAACAGUGCAAGGGACUGGUGGCCGAAAAGCUGUGGGCGGUAUCGCCACUCCCACAACUGCUGUCAGAGAUAUCGAUUCUCUACGCCGAAGAAGAGAACUUCGUGUAUGCUUUGGUCACGUCUUGUUUUAUCGCAACAUCCUGCGAUCCCUACCGACACGUCCUGCCGUACCAUCCAAUUCGCAUCAAAGGUCUUUUGCUUGUUGCCAAACUCCUGGCCAAUACUGCAGCGGACACGGCUUCCCUCGGCAAUUCACAAGCCGUGGCAUCCAAAGGAGACUUCAACCAAAAAGCUCUAAAAACACUACAAGACAUUGAUCAAGUGUCACUGUGCCAAAUGCUGCUCAUCAUGAUUUUGAAGUCUGUUCCCAGGGGCUAUGCCCAAGAGUGGGGGGUUUCGAUUACUGCCAAGCAGAUGCUGGACGAGAUAAAUCAACUGCCGGGAAGAGACCAAGAGCUGUCCCUGAUUAAUUCUUGGACAGGGAACCCUGAGGCCGAUCAGGCAAGGGCUUUCUUUGAGUAUGCGGUUGUGCAGCAAGUUGAUGCUCUGGCGGAUUUGGGAAUGGAGAUAUUUGGGAUGGACUUUGGUCAGUGA